GGACUAAUUUGUUGUCCCCCUUUCAUCUCAAUUUGUACUGGGCAACUAGAUAUUUAUAUACAAGUUUCAAUUAAUGUACAAAAAUUUAUGAUUUUAUGAUCUAAAACUUUUCCCGCGCAGUAUUACAGGAUGUCCAGGAUUUAAAAUCCCCUAUAUCCAAAAUGUGACGUUUAUUUUAAUUUUGUUGACAAAACGAUGUUCUUUUUGUAUUUUAUAUACAAAUUUAGAUUGAGAUAGUUUCUAUAUUUGAAAACAAUAUAAAAUUUCAAGUUCAUCGUUAGAAAUACAACUUAUCUAAUUUGUACUUGACAUUAAUUGACUCUACGCCAAUGUGACAUAAGUGGUAUAUCAAUAUCGAACAAUCCUUACACGCUACUUUGGGUUAUGUCAUUCAAUAUACGGGUAGUAUAAAAUUUGAAGAUUUCAUUAUGGGCGAGGGAAAAGAGGACGUGGACGUGUUUCGUGAUACACCUGUAAGAUAUUUGGGAUAUGCAAAUGAAGUGGGUGAGGCUUUUAGACCCAUAGUACCCUCAUCAGUUGUGUGGUGCAGUUAUGCUGUGGCCACUGGGUACGUCCUUGCAGAUACAAUCCACAAAGGGUGGAAACAAUAUCAUGGAAAUGCAUCUGCUGAAGCAACUAAAAAUGCUUUAUAUUCCAUGACUGACACUUUACUGUGGCAGACAUUUGCAUCCGUUGUUAUUCCUGGUUUCACAAUUAACAGAAUUUGUUUUGCUGUCCAAUGUUUGCAAAGAAAUACUUGUAAUCCAAUUUUAAGAAGUCGGUGGAUAUCAACUGCAAUUGGGUUAGCUUCUAUACCUCUCAUAAUACAGCCCAUAGACCAUAUAGUGGAUGAAGCAAUGAAUGUAACUUAUAGAAAGUGGGUAGGCUAUCACCCUAAAUAACCAUUGAUACAAAAUAUAGGUAUAAAUUUUAGGCGAUAAAUCUUAGAGUUAAUAAAUUUCCAAGUAAAAAGAAAGUAUUAUGGCUUAUGAUAUUGUUAAAAAAAGACAAUAGUACAAUACA